AUGAAUAAAUUUCAUUGCGACGUAUGUUCUUCUGAUUGUACCAACAGGGUUAGAAUAUCCUGUGCUGAAUGUCCAGAAUACGAUUUAUGUGUUCAAUGUUUUUCUCAAGGUUUAUACACAGGAAACCAUAGACCGUAUCAUGAUUAUAGAAUAAUAGAAACAAAUUCAUAUCCAAUUCUAUGUACGGAUUGGGGUGCAGAUGAAGAAUUGGAUCUAAUAAAGGGCGCACAAACUUUCGGUUUAGGUAAUUGGCAAGAUGUAGCUGAUUUUAUAGGACAUAGAACGAAAGAAGAAGUUGGGGAGCAUUAUCUUAAAUAUUACAUUAAUAGUCCCUAUUAUCCAAUUCCGGACAUCACAAAAGACAUACGGAUCGCUCAAGACGAGUUUUUACAAAGAAGGAAGGAGAGAAUUGAAGAUUUUGCCAAGCAGCCCUUGCCCCCAAUAAGAAAACAAGUGUCAUCUGUUCCAAGUUGUCAUGAAGUGCAAGGUUUCAUGCCUGGUAGACUAGAUUUCGAAACAGAAUUUGAAAAUGAAGCAGAAGGAACGGUUAAAGAUAUGGUCUUUGAGCCUGAUGAUACUGCACUGAAUAUUGAACUGAAAUUAAUCAUCUUGGAUAUUUACAAUUCAAGGUUAACUUCAAGGGCAGAAAAAAAAAGACUACUUUUUGAAAAUAAGUUAGUAGAAUAUCGCAGACUACAAAGCAUUGAUAAAAGGAGAUCAAAACAAGUGAAAGACCUAUAUAAUAAAAUAAAGCCAUUUGCUCGUUCAAUGACCCCAGAAGAUUUUGAGGAAUUUAGCACCGAUAUAUUGAAUGAAUUGCAAUUCCGUAUAAGGAUAAAUCAACUUCAAGAGUGGAGAAGGAACGGAAUAACGACACUGGAAGCUGGUCAAAAAUACGAGCGGGAUAAGCAACAAAGAUUAUUAACUUUAGAACGAUUUGGUGGAGAUAUUGAUUCAAUUAUUACUGGUUCAAGACAUCAAAGGAAUACAACGCCCGGACAAUACAGCAAUGGUGGUACUGGUAUUACCAGCAGCAUUAGUGCUACUAACAAUAGUAAUGGCGGUAAUGGUAAUAACAAUAAUGAUAGCAGCAGUACUAAUAAUAUUUCUGGUGAUACUAAAAAUAGUACUCCUAAUGGUAGUGUCAUGGCAGAAAAGAAAAAAAUGUUAACGAUAAGUGAUAUCCAGCAUUCUCCAGAUUAUAUUUUAUUAUCACCAAAGGAGCAACAAUUGUGUAUAAAUUUAAAAAUAUUAGCCAAAGUUUAUUUAGCCAUCAAGGAGAGGAUAUUUAGAGAAUUAAUUAACAAGGGGGGGCAAAUAGGGAAAGAAGAGCUGCAGGCCUUAUUAAAGAUAGACACUGUGAAAAGUGAUAAAAUAUUUGAUUUUUUUCAAGAACAGCAUUGGUUAUGA